AAAAUCACAUAACAUUCACAUCGACCGUGACUUUAACUUAAACUGAGAGCUGUCACUAGAUCAUGCGCAGGAGUCAGUCUGUGUGUACGUUUCCAACGUUCUUGUGAUUACGGAUAAAAAUAUUUAAGUGACCAGAGUCACUCUUCCGGCGUUAAUUUUUGUCGUAUAUGUUGAAAUGAUACCAAGAUGGAGACGCUGCAUAUCCAGAUUGUUCCUGAUACCUCAGCGGUAUGUUCUGGGGCUUAUGGGUCUGUGGGCUUUAUGCAAUGCCUAUACAAUGCGUGUUUGCCUCAAUUUAGCUAUCACACAAAUGGUUAAUAAUAGUAAGUCUGGCGACGAUUCUCACUACGACCCCGAUGCCUGUCCAGAUGAUAGUGAGCUGUUGGUGAAUGGAACUGCUCCUUUUAAACCACACGCUAUAUUCGACUGGUCCGAGUCAACCCAAGGUUUACUCCUAAGUGGCUUCUACUAUGGAUACGCUAUCACCCAAAUACCUGGAGGUUAUUUGGCUGAGAAGUAUGGCGGGAAAUGGACACUGGGUAUAGGAUUAUUAAGUACAGCCUUAUUUACGCUAUUGACACCAAUCGUUGUUACUACUGGAGGUGCAACUUGGCUCUUUAUUCUGCGUGUCUUGCAAGGAAUGGGUGAAGGUCCAACAAUGCCAGCUCUGAUGGUUGUUCUAGCACGAUGGGUUCCAGCUCAUGAAAGAUCACUUCAAGGAGCAUUGGUCUUUGGAGGUGCCCAAAUUGGUAACAUUUUUGGUUCCUUCAUGUCUGGCUUUUUGAUGGCUGGAGAUGGACACUGGGCCAACGUAUUUUAUUUCUUCGGAUGCUUUGGGAUAUUGUGGUUUUUGUUUUGGAGCAUUCUAUGCUUUAGCACACCAGAAACCCAUCCAUUCAUAUCGGACGAAGAGCUCAAGUACUUGAACGAAAGUAUAACGGGUUCAGACAACAAAAGUACUAGAGAUCCAAUACCGUGGAAAGCUAUAUUGCGAUCAGCGCCGGCUUGGGCCCUAUUGUUUGCAGCAGUCGGUCACGAUUGGGGCUACUACACGAUGGUGACUGAUUUACCCAAGUACAUGACCGACGUACUCAAGUUCAACAUUGCUGCUACUGGUACUCUUACUGCAAUCCCUUACCUGGCUAUGUGGAUCUCAUCCUUCGCUUUCGGCAUCAUUUGUGACAUCUGCGUCAAACGGAACUGGCAUUCUAUUAAGACUGGAAGAAUUCUUUAUACGACUAUUGCUGCUACUGGACCAGCUGUCUGCAUCAUCCUGGCCUCAUAUUCCGGCUGCGACAGAUUUGCAGCUGUUGCAUAUUUUAUAGCUUCCAUGGCGCUCAUGGGAGGGUACUAUAGUGGAAUGAAGGUGAAUGCGUUAGACUUAGCGCCCAACUACGCCGGUUCGCUCACCGCUAUGGUAAACGGAACAUCCACUCUAUCUGGAAUAAUUACACCUUAUCUGAUUGGCCUUCUAACACCUGAUUCGACACUAAAACAAUGGCGAGUCGCGUUUUGGAUUUGCUUUGCUGUUCUGGUGAUAACGAAUGUUAUCUAUGUCAUCUGGGCGGAUGGUGAACAGCAGUGGUGGGAUGAUAUAAGAAGGCAUGGUUAUCCCGAAGGCUGGAAACAUGGACCUUUGAAAACCUCUGACGACGAUAAGGAAAAGAGCAAAAAGAAGGAAGCAGAAGGAACUGCAUUAUAGGUCAAAAGUCAAAGGGUAAAACUAUUUUUUACGAUCUUAUUUUGACCGUAGUUAGGACCCAAAAAACAACCGAAAAACGUUACUAAGAUUUAUUUUUGUAUUUCUUUGUAAUUACCACACUGCUGUGACUUGUGAUAUGUUGUUAUUAAAAUAGAUCCGUCAUAUUACUAAGUGCCGAUUUAUAUAACAUAAUAUAGUUCUUAUUGCUACGAGCCGUAGAUUAAGACAAAUACGAUUCAUAAGUAAUGAAAAUAUUAAGUGUAUUAUUAUUUGAAGGUAAUUGUUAAUUUCAUGUAAGGCACAAGGUUAAUUUAUAGGAAUAAGAAUAUUUUCUUGCCAAAAAAUAGAUAAGUACUUGUUAUAGUUAAAAUCGAUUCCUAUAACCACUCGCUACUAUUGGGCACAGGGCAAUCCCAUUUCUGUACAUUUAAUUGCUUUGUUUUCGAAGUUAUAGAUUCUAGAGUCUUGGGAUUAACCGAUAAACUAACAGUGCUCUAGUCUCAUCCUCAGAAUCAAAGUGUAGACUUAGCGCUGAGUUUAAUACGUCAAAUUCAUCAAGUUGUUGACUUAUGGAAGUCAUACUUACCGCUAAGUCUGGACUUUAAGUAUACUUUAAAGCCUUUUGAAAUAUAGAUAUCAAUGUAAGUAGAAUUACAUUUUGUCAUAGAAUUGUAUUAGGCGCAAUUGUUUGCCGAGCUUAGUAGUGUCUCAUGAGAAAACUCCCACGAAUUUUAACAAAGCUUUAUUGAGGUUUAUAGAAAAAGGAAACGAUUUUUCGAGUCAUUGGCCAGCGUUCGGAUUCUAUAUUUGAAUUAAUAUAAUUUGUAAUAAAAUUAUAAACAAGCAAUAGAUGCCACUAUCAACGUGAAUUAAGAGUAAUAAUGAAACAAUAUUACCUACUAAUUGUGGCUAUGGUACAUACUCUCACGUAUUAUAUAUAUUUUGUUACAAACGAGUACCACAUAAUUAUUAUCAACAUCUAUUGCCCCAACGUUAUUUACAAUAUUGCAGAUUUAAAACUUAUAUUUGUAAAGCACUCGAAGCGUUGUGGUAUGUAAAUAAUCGAAUAGAUUCGAAAGUACCCAAUGGCAUGUAUAAACAAGUAUUAUUAUACUAGAGUCGCUAUUGCGAACAUAUUUUCGCAUUCAAGGGAUACAUAGAUUAUACGUAUUUCUAGUCUGUUAUGUAUUCAAGUCAAGCGUUUCCUAUUAAACGUUUACAUAUUUUUAUAGGUCAUUGAUAGGUCUACAAGAAAAUAUCUAUAUGUUAUAAGUAAAUAUUGUCAUAGCUAAUAAUUUAGUACAUAACUAUUUUUUCUUCGAGAUUGAAAUAGUAGUAAAAUUAGAUUUCAAAAUAAAUAUGUGAAAUUUUUCAUGGCAAUGCUCUAAUUGGCAAUAGUUUAAAUUUGGAACGGAAGACCAAUGUAGGUGUAAACGUAUAAGAAAUGAAAUAUAGGUACAUACGAAGUGAAUUUAAUCUAGUUUUAAGGGCUGUAUAAUGUAUAAUAAAUAUUUACCACGGAAUUAAAAACAUGAAAGGUCAAUGAACCUUAAUGUCGUCACCGUGCUUAAUGAUUAAACAAUCAUAUUUAGAUUUUUCUCUUGUGAAAUGAAAUAAUUGGAGUAAAAAGCACUGGCGGAUAAUCUGAUCUUUCUACCAUAAAUAUAAUCUGAGUAUUUAAAAUUCUUAUUAGAUA